AUGGCUCUAAAGGAUAGGCUAAACGUGGUGAACUCUAAGAAGAUUUGCAGCAAUUGCUUCCGUGGAAAUCAUUUUGUCCGCAAGUGUUCCUCUAACUUUUCCUGUCGUAUUUGCCAAAAACGACACCACACUUUGUUGCACCCUGGAUUCGAAACGUCGGUGGCAAGUAAUGGUCAAAUUAAUCAAGGUACAGUUCAAGGUCAAAGUACUCAGUCCAAUCCUGUUUCCAACGCUGUUCUGCGAAGAGAAGUCGAAAUAAGCGAUAAUGUUGCCAAAGCCCCUGCUUCUUUCAACACAGUAUCGGAUACACAAACUGUAAAUGUGUUCCUUUCUACGGUCGUGCUCAUCGUUGUUGACAAAUAUGGGAGAGAGCACCUAGCACGAGCACUACUAGAUUCGGGUUCACAAUGCUGUUUGAUGAGUGAACGCCUUUGUCAACAACUGCGAUUGGUUCGGCAACGGAUAAAUCAACCGAUCUGCGGCGUUGGUGAAUCACAGAUUAGAGCAUUCGGUUUAGUGUCCACCGAAAUUCGAUCGAGGCUCGACGAAUUUUCGGUUUCCUUGAAUUGUUUGGUACUUCGUAACAUAACUACAAGCCUGCCUGCUGUAACAGUUUCAAAAACCAAUUGGAUCAUACCCGAGGGCAUCAAUCUUGCAGACCCAGACUUCAAAGUAUCAAGAAAAAUAGAUAUGAUCAUCGGAGCGGAGUAUUUUUAUACAUUCCUGAAGGGUGGCCGGAUCAGUUUAGGGAAAUCAUCACCUACGCUUGUGGAAAGCGUGAUUGGCUGGUUAGUGUCUGGAAAAUCGUCCUAUGAAUCAAUAACCCACACUCCGUUAUGUAAUAUUUCUACGUUGGAGUCACUCGAUACAAACAUCGAGAAAUUUUGGCGCAUUGAGGAGAUAAAUACAAAAAUUUUGUCACCAACAGAACAGCACUGUGAGGAGUACUACAAACAUUCAGUAUCCCGCGAUUUGACAGGAAGAUAUACAGUAAAAUACCCUAAACGAGAAGCGUUUCCCCAAAUGAUUGGUGAAUCCUAUCAAAAUGCAUUGCGACGAUUGGGAAAUCUUGAAAGAAAACUAGAUCGAGAUGAGCAAUUGAAGGAGAGAUAUUACGCGUUCAUGAAGGAAUUUGUAGACCUUGGGCAUAUGCGUGAAGUAUUACCAGACGAAGAACCACCAAUUAUUUGUUAUUUGCCCCACCAUCCUGUGGUGAAAGAGUCCAGCACGACCACCAAGGUCCGUGGUGUGUUUGAUGCGUCAGCCAAGACCAGUUCCGGUUAUUCCCUAAAUGAUGCAUUUCUAGUAGGCCCCGUUAUCCAAGACGAGUUGUACGCGAUUGUCCUGCGGUUUCGUAAAUAUCGAGUAGUUUUACUGGCAGAUAUUGAGAAGAUGUAUCGGAUGAUACGCAUUCAUCCUGACGAUUUGUUUCUCCAAUGUGUGCUCCUUCGUUUCGGCAAAGAUCAACCUAUUACCAAAUACGUUCUCACUACGGUAACCUAUGGAUUAGCACCAUCAUCGUUCCUGGCUACACGAACACUUCGUCAACUCGCUGAAGACGAAGUGAAUUCGUUUCCUCAUGCUGCAGAGGCUUUGAAGAAAGAUUUCUAUAUGGACGAUUUCAUCCGUGGCGAAAAUAGCGUCGAAUCGGCGAUCCAAUUGCGACGAGAGAUGACUGAACUGCUCAAACGAGGAGGUUUUCGACUGAGGAAGUGGUGUUCCAAUAUUCAAGCGGUCCUAGAGGGAGUUCCGGAGGAAGAUUUAGCCACUCAAUCCAACCUAUCGUUCGAUUCCGAUGAAACAAUCAAGACAUUGGGAAUUAAUUGGGAACCAUCUACCGAUCAGUUUCGAUUCAACAUCAGCAGGAAAGAGGGACCCAUCACCAAACGCAAGAUUUUAUCAGAGAUUGCACAGCUAUAUGACCCACUUGGUUUGAUUGCGCCGAUAAUCGUUCGUGCCAAAGUUCUAAUGCAACAGUUAUGGAUGCUGUCGUUGGACUGGGAUGAAGAGAUACCCAUCGAAAUUGAAACAAAAUGGACUAAAUUUGUCAAUGAACUGCCAUACCUUGCCAAUUUCCGUAUAGAUCGGUAUGCCUUCGAGGAGGGAGAUGUACAAUUGCAUUGCUUUGCGGAUGCAUCCGACGUCGCUUACGGUGCAUGUUUAUAUGUUCGUUCGGUAGGGAUCAAUCAAGAAGUGAAGGUCGAAUUACUAACUUCGAAAUCAAGGGUGGCCCCAUUGAAAAAGCGGAGUAUUCCACGGUUGGAGUUAUGUGCGGCUCAAAUUGCUGCUCAUUUAGCUACAAAGGUUCGCAGUGCUUUGGAUUUAGAGCUUCGAUCCAUUUGGUUUUGGUCUGAUUCCAUGGUGGUUUUGCAUUGGCUCCGCUCUCCAUCUCAAACAUGGAAAACGUUCAUUUCGAAUCGUGUUGCCGAUAUACAAAUCCUCACCCAUGGUUCCAGGUGGCGACACGUGCCCGGAUUGGAAAACCCUGCCGACUUGGUGUCACGCGGAAUGGAAGCUGAACAGUUGAUGACGAGCAGACUCUGGAAGCAUGGACCCGACUGGUUGCAGAAGGGGGAAGAUACCUGGCCGAAACAGGUACUCACUCUUGCCGGUUCAUCGGAAGUGUUACUUGAACGUGAAUGUUACCAAAAGGAGCUGCGUGGUCUCAAAAAGGGUCAACCAGUGAACAAUCAGUCUACAUUGAAACAUUUAAACCCAUUUGUGGAUGAUUCCGGAAUUAUACGCGUUGGUGGCCGGCUUAGAUUCUCCACAGAACCCUAUGGUACCAAACACCCGAUUCUCUUACCGGGCUUCCACCAUUUCACGCGAUUGCUGAUAACAUCUUAUCAUCGUAAACUACUACAUGGAGGCAUUUCACACACACUUUCCGUAGUUCGCGAUGACUUCUGGCCAACCAACGGUAGAAGAGCCGUUCGCAGUAUAAUUCGGAACUGCGUCCGCUGUACCCGAACCAAUCCCCAUCCUAUUCAACAGCCUGUUGGACAAAUUCCUCCAGCUAGAAUCACUCCCAGCCGGCCAUUUGCUUCAACCGGCAUAGAUUAUUGUGGUCCAGUAUACGUAAAAGCAAAACUUCGCAAAGGUGCACCAAUCAAAGCUUAUAUAGCGCUCUUCGUAUGCUUCAGUACCAAGGCUGUUCAUAUUGAACUGGUGGGAGAUUUAUCCACAUCAUCCUUCAUCUCUGCACUGAAAAGAUUUAUCGCUCGUCGUGGCUUGCCAGCGAACAUUUAUUCUGACAAUGCCACGAAUUUUGCUGGAGCUAGGCAUGAGCUGCAUGAACUUUACCGAAUGCUAAAUGAUCGAAUGGAGAAUGCUCAUAUCGCUACCUGUCUCGCAACGAAUGAAAUAAAGUGGCACAUGAUCCCCCCUCGUACGCCAAACUUCGGCGGCUUAUGGGAAGCUGCUGUUAAAGUGGCUAAACGGCACUUACUACGUCAAGUUGGAAACAGUACGUUACUACAAGAAGAUCUCGAAACAGUGUUGGUGCAAAUCGAGGGGUGUAUGAAUUCUCGCCCUCUGGUCGUGUUAUCAGACGACCCCAACGACCUUCAAGCGCUCACACCUGGACAUUUCUUGGUGGGCUCAUCCCUGCAAGCCAUUCCGGAGCCCGAUUUAAGAGAAACACCAAUCAAUCGUUUGGAUCGAUACCAGCUAGCCCAGCAGAAAGUUCAGCAUUUUUGGUAUAGAUGGACACGUGAGUAUUUGAAGGAGUUACAGCGUCAACCGAAGGUCAACCCACGAAAGAUCGAUCUCAAGGUUGGUCAAGUAGUGAUCCUGCAAGACCAACAGCUACCGCCAUUACGCUGGCCUCUGGCCCGCAUUCUGGAAUUACACCCCGGACAAGAUGGUGUGGUACGAGUCAUAACUCUCCGUACUGCAGCUGGAGUUUUCAAGCGACCUACUACGAAGAUUUGCCUGCUACCAUCGGCGAUGGAGGACAUCAUUGAUCGAGACGUUGCCGAUACUACAGACCAUUAA